UGGGGGGACAGGGAGGCUGGAGGUGGUGGGACGGGGUAGUGCUCCAGGUGCUUGUGCCGGCCUGGGUGAGGGACACGCGGAGACCCUUGCCCCGGCUGCACGCAGUCGCUUUCCUCCGCCGCCUGUCUCCGCGCGGGGCCCGGGUCCAGCUCUUCACCCACACGCAAGUGACACAAGAUGCCCUUCAAUGACGAGAAGCAGUGUGUGGGUGAGGACCAGCUCAGCGACGCGGAUUCCUCCAGGCUGUCCGAAAGCACGGCCUCGCUCAGCGACUGUGAGUGCUCCAGGCAGAGCUUCACCAGCGACUCCUCCAGCAAGUCCAGCUCUCCCGCCUCAAGCCCUCCCAGGGUUGUAACCCUUGACGAAGUGAUGGCUACAGCGAAGAACCUAGUCAACUUGACUCUUGCUCAUGAGAUUGCCGUCAAUGAGAACUUCCAGGUGAAGCACGCUGACCUCCCUGAGAACAGCUUGGCCAGCCGAGUGAAGAGCAUUGUCCACCAGGCCUACUGGGAUGUCCUGGAAUCUGAACUGAACGCUGAGCCUCCCGAGUACGACCACGCCAUCAAACUGUUUGAAGAAAUCAGAGAGAUUCUCCUGUCCUUCCUGACUCCCGGUGGCGGGAACCGGCUUCGCAACCAGAUCUGCGAAGUUCUGGACACGGACCUCAUCAGGCAGCAGGCCCAGCACAGCGCCGUCGACAUCCCGGGCCUGGCCAGCUACAUCAUCAGCACGAUGGGGAAGCUGUGCGCUCCCGUGAGGGACGAUGACGUCAGGAAGCUGAAGGCCACGGGCAACAUCGUGGAGGUGCUGAGACAAAUAUUUCAAGUCCUGGAACUCAUGAGUAUGGACAUGGCCAAUUUUCUGAUUCGGAGUUUCAGACCACAUUUUCAGCGCCAGCUGGUGGACUAUGAGAGAAGCAAGUUCCAGGAAAUUUUAGAAGAAACUCCAAGUGCUCUCGAUAAAACUACCCAAUGGAUUGAAGAAUCCAUAAAUGAAGAAUUACUCUCUCUUUCUGAGAUCACUUUAACUCCCGGGUCCGACAGCAGCUCCAAGCCAAGCCUGAGCCCCACGCUGGUGCUAAACAACAGUUAUUUGAAACUGUUGCAGUGGGAUCAUCAGAAAAAAGUAUUUCCAGAGACACUGAUGACAGAAGAAGCGCGUCUCCAGGAACUGACGGAAAAGCUGAAUCAAUUGAAAAUUAUUGCCUGCCUGUCCCUCAUUACCAGCAACACGGUGGGCGCCGUCACCGAAGGCCUCCCUGAGCUGGCGGGCAGGUUAAAGAGGAUUUCGGCUGUCCUGCUGGAAGGCAUGUGCGAGAAGACCUUUAACUUGAAGGAAGUCCUGAAUUCCAUUGGUGUGAAGAGUUGUGUCGAGAUUAACAAGACCCUGAUGGAGAGAGGCUUACCCACCUUAAAUGCCGAGGUUCAAGCUAAUCUUAUAGGUCAAUUUUCAAGCGUUGAAAAGGAGGACAGUCCCAUCCGGUCUUUGAUUGAUAAACGAAUCCAGCUGUACCUGAAGAGCCUGCUUAGUCUUCCAAGCCCUAAAAAGUGCUUGCCUCCCAUGCCGGGAGGCCUGGCUGUCAUUCAGCAGGAGCUGGAGGUGCUGGGUUGUCAGUAUGCAAACAUCGUGAAUCUCAACAAACAAGUGUACGGACCAUUUUAUGCCAACAUACUCCGAAAGCUGCUCUUCGGCGAGGAAGCCGCGGGGAAGACAGACACCCCUCCGUCGUCCGCUAACUGACGGGGAACUGACCCCGGAGAAGAGACCGGACACCCAGCGCUCCCGCGUGGGGCCUGUUUCCAGCGACGGCAUCUCAGACGUGGCACAUUCUCAGUCCUGUCUGCAGUGCAGUGUGACCCGAGUCUGAGUAACCCAGAAACACCAGAACUGCAGAAGACACGCAGACCCUGUAGGCCCUAUUCAUACAUAGUUUUCUCUUUUUUUUUUACUUGUCCGAAAGUGACUGGCAGCAAUGGCGAAGUUGAGUCAUGCUGCCAAUUUGUAAUUAAUUAUAUAACCUAUAUAAUACUUGUGAAUGUUUUGUUAAACAUUUAUAUUUGGCUUAUCCAUUCAACCCUUCGGGAGUUGUAUUUCCUCAUUUAUCACGAUCGAAUCUGAUGAUUUUUGAUUUUGGUACAACUCAGAGGGUUGAAAAUUGUGAGAAUAACCAAGGGGACUGAUGUUUUAAAUACAGGAUGUGCAGUAAGCAUAACUGUAUCUGAAAUGUACAGUUAAAAAAAAUGUGCAAUGAAAUUGUCUUAAUGUGUAAUACAAACUUACAUAGUAAGUCCUAAAAUUCCACAAAUGUACCAGUUCACAUUUUAUAAUACCAACCGUCAGUAUUUGUGUAGAAUUUAAACUUGUUAAAUAUAUUUUAAAGCGGUAUGCACAUUUUAGAUAAAACCUCCCUUGUUCAUGUAGUGAAAACGGAAACAAAUCCCUUCUAAAAUUUUAAUCGGGAGGUUGGUUUUUAUCCUCGCAAUUUAUCCUGCUCUCUGAGAGAAACAUUUUUUGCACAAAUCUCUUAGUGAAUGUCUUUGCAUUUCUCAGGCCAUUGGUAAGGUUUAUAUAAAAUUUUAAUAUUUUUACAUAAGGCAGGAAUGGUCUGAAUUGGUUUACUUGUAAGAAGAGGGGAAGUUUAAGAAUAAAACAAGAUGCCCAGGAGAUCCCCGUUCUCAGUCAAGUUCACAAAACAGUAGUUAAACUUUGGAUUUUUUAACAAUGUAACUUGCUAGCAAAUGCCUCCUGUGCUGGUUAGAUGCUUGUGCCCUGCUCUGACCAUGGUGCUCCUCGAGGCGUCAUUGUCUUUUGACAUUCUGGAGCAUGAUGUCAAACUCUUGCUACGUUGGCUCUGGUUGUCCCUGGAUGUCAGAGGAGCCUGCUGGUCCUGGGAUUGGUGCGCACCGCUUCUGAAGUAUUAAAGGAAGCAUCCGUUUGGGCAGACUCAGUCUAGAAAGUGCUUUCUCUGCAUAAAACAUUUUUGAUGGUCUUGUUUUCUGAGGGCGCCUUGAACCUUAGUAGGUUGCUGGGGGAGAGUGGGGAGGAGGGUAAAAAAGUUCUCCUUCCUCCUCCCCGUGGACCCCCACUGUGACGGCGCGCCUCCUUGGUGCGACACAGCUCUGAGUAACUAAGGUGUGACUAAAUCGCCUCUGGUCUUCACAUUUCGGAGGCAUCUGCCAAAAUUUGAGGAAAUUUUGAAAGUCAGUUUUCUUUUUCUCACGACGACCAAACACGUGAACCAGCCGCUCUGGCCCUUGAAGCUGGGGUGUGUCAGUGGACACUGGCUGAGAGCAGGCGCGUCAUGGGUCUGCCCCUCCCCGUGCUCCCCUUCUGCCCUGCCUCUCUGCGCUUAGAAACCACGCGGUGCUGUAGACUUUGUUUUCAAUUUCUCUUGAGCUGAAGUCGCUUUCAACUUUGUUCACUUCGGGGCCCCGGGCAGCAAGGGAGGUCGAACACAGCCAAGUGAUGCAUUGUGUGAAUUUUGUUGUUGCUUUCUGAGGUGAACCGUGUACUUCACAGGAAGACCAGGUGCACUUUUCAAGGAUCAGAUGGGAAUCCAGCUGGUAUUCUUAUAUACUUGACUACACUGCAGUUGCCAGCAGGAAAACAAUGUGCAAACAUUUUUAAAAAACGCAUUUUAAAUGAAGGGCAUUCUGCUUUCUUUUUUUUUUAAGUGGCAAAGUAAAUCUCAAUGUCUCAAGUCUGGAUUUAGGCAACUACAUUGUUAGGAUUUUUACAUCGUGUCCCUUAGCAUGUCGUCUAAUUUGGUUUCUACCUAAAUGUUUACUUCUACUUUUAAGGUUUUCUUAACAUGGUCUUCUUUUGUAAUGUCCAUUUUAUUAAACACCAUACACACAUUUUCAUUCUUCUACUGCUAAAACAUGUUGUGUGCACUGUUAAAUUUUAAGCAUUAAAUAUGAUUUCAACAUA